UCUUCCCCUGUAAUUGGGCCUCCACGUGAAUAUUUUGCGGUGUGCAUUUCGCCAAAGAGAAGCGAAAGAAAUGGAGAACAAAUUGGCGAAAUGGGGCUUCAACAACAAGAACACUAAUAAAUCUCCAGUUUCCAUCAGGUCGGUUCUUGAAACGAUACUGGAGAAAGUAAAUGAAAAGGAUGCUGACAAUGGAAGGCCCCUCAUUCACCUCGGCCGAGGAGACCCUUCUUUGUUCCCCUGCUUUCGGACCUCUGCGGUGGCCGAAGACUCCAUUUCUGCAUCCGCGCGAUCCGCCAAGUUCAAUGGCUAUUCUCCGGCCACUGGGAUUUUUCCGGCAAGGAGGUCUGUUGCAGAGUAUUUGUCCUGUGAUCUUCCACACAAACUAUCACCUGAUGAUGUUUAUCUCACUGUUGGUACAAAUCACGCAAUUGAAGUCAUAUUGGCAGUGCUUGGUCGCCCGGGUGUGAACAUUUUGCUGCCCAGACCAGGGUAUCCGUUUUAUGAAGUCCGGGCUGCAUUUAACAAUGUUGAGGUCCGUAAUUAUAACCUGCUUCCAGAGAAAGGUUGGGAGGUUGAUCUUAAUGGCGUAGAAGCUCUUGCAGAUGGUAACACCAUUGCUAUGGUUGUAAUAAACCCCGGGAAUCCCUGUGGAAGUGUUUAUAGUCAUGCUCAUUUACAGAAGAUUGCAGAGACAGCACAAAAACUCGGAGUUCUACUGAUUGCUGAUGAAGUUUAUGGGCAUCUGUCUUUCGGAUGCAAACCGUUUGUGGCAAUGGGACAGUUUGGAUCAAUCACUCCUGUCAUUUCUUUGGGAUCAAUAUCAAAACGGUGGAUCCUUCCUGGAUGGCGAUUGGGAUGGAUAGCAACUAUUGAUCCAAAUGAAGUCCUUAAGAAAUCUGGGAUUGUUGAAUGCCUUCGUGGAUAUCUCGACAUUGGUGCCAACCCUGCAACUGUAAUUCAGGGAGCGGUUCCUCAAAUUCUUGAGAAAACGCCAAAAGAUUUCUUCUUAAAUAUUAACAAUAUGCUGAGAGAAGCUGCAGAUACUUGUUAUGCCAAACUUGAAGACAUCGCUUGUCUUUCUUGUCCAUACAAGCCAGAAGGAGCUAUGUCAAUGAUGGUUAAACUAAAUGUGUCGUUGCUGGAAGACAUAGAUGAUGAUAUGGACUUCUGUGUCAAACUGGCAAAAGAAGAAUUGGUCCUCGUCUUGCCAGGGAUUGCCUUGGGGAUGAAGAACUGGAUUCGCAUAACUUUCGCCGUUGAGCUGGCUAGCCUUGAAGAUGGACUUAGAAGGUUAAAAGCUUUCUGGAUAAGGCAUGGCAAGAAGCAGUCAUGUACAACAGCUGAUGGUGCAUAGUGAUAGUGGAGACUGAACUGCCUGUCACUCAUGAAAACCAUAAUUUCUUUAGUUUAAGUUUUUGAGCUUAAAGCUUCCAAAUAUUAUGUUGAUGAGCCUUUGAAAUAAGUAGUGAGUGUUUUUUCAUUAGCAAAGCACAAGAUUUAGCCAUUAUUUUUUUGAACUCACAACUUCUAUUCCCACUUUCGUUG